ACUCUCUUGUGUUCCCCCUUUUUUUUUUUCUUUUUUUCUUUUUAUUCAUGGAAUCCCUGCAUUUCACACAAGAGUUACCCCAAACCCAAAUCCAUUUUAUGAAUAAACUCUCUCCCAAACUCAAACCCACCAUUUCCUUCAUCUCCUCCAUUGACAUAAGAGCCUUCUGUGCAGCUUCUCCUACCCUCACCCAAACCCAAACCCAGAAUCUGAAUCAGCCUCAAAUCAUAGUUCCUGACAGAAGGCGCAGGGUCAAGGCUUCUGAUGCUCAACUCAAAGAGAAUUGGUUGGCUUCACUCUCUUACCCUAUUCCAGAAAAGACCCAUCUUUUGAAUGAAGAGCUAGAACUGAAUGAAGGGUCCAAAUGGGUGCUUGGAGUAGACCCAGAUGUCUCUGGUGCUGUUGCGAUAUUGAAAACCCAUGGUUCUGUUUGCUCAGCUCAGGUACUCGACUCUCCUCAUGUACAAAUACUUGUUGGAAAAAGAACACGAAGACGCUUAGAUGCCAAGUCUGUUGUUCAGAUGGUUCGUAGUUUUGAUGCUCCAGUUGGAACCACUGUAUAUAUAGAGCAGUCACUACCUUAUCCACAAGACGGGAAGCAGGGCUGGUGGAGCGGAGGAUUUGGGUAUGGGCUGUGGAUUGGGAUCUUAGUUGCCUCAGGAUUUUGUGUUGUUCCAGUGCCAUCUGCUACUUGGAAAGCAAAAUUUGAACUCACUGGCAGCAAGACUGCAAAGGAUGAUAGCAGGAGAGUUGCAUCCACAUUAUUUCCAUCACUGAGUUCCCUGUUAAGUAGGAAAAAAGAUCACGGAAGGGCAGAGGCUUUACUAAUUGCUGCGUAUGGAAAAGAACAAAUGAAUAGCUUGGAGUCUUCUUCUGACACUAUCUUCGACAAAUUGAAAACUUGAAAAUUGGCAUAUUUAAGAGCUUCAGCCCCACCUUCCUUCCCCAUCUUGUUCUUCCUUUUCACCGUUCCAUGUAAUUUGGCUGCCAAUAGUGAUUGUCCCAAAUACUAUUGUAAACUGUGUUUUAGUUUAUAUAUUCCGAGCAU